AUGAAAUAAUAGAGUUUAUUUAUGUGUUAAGAUAUUACACACGAAGGUGAAGUUAUCUAAGGAUUUUGUUUAAACUUGGGAUGCUAAGAUUCAAGAUCUUAGUUUUGUCUUUAAUGUGGAGUUGACCCUAUGAAACAUUCAAUUUGCAGGAAAGAUCUAAAAGGAUUUGGUUAGAUCUAAAAUUUUAUCACUAAAUUCAAUUAGUAUAUAAUUGAUUUAAUUAACUAAUUCAAUAAAUAAUAUUCAUUAGUCAAAAAAAAAUAUGAAGAAUCGACAAAAUAAUUGGAGAACAUUAAACUAUCAUUAUAAAAGAUAUCUGAUAGUUUAAAUUAAUAAGAUUAUCAAUAAAUCAAAAAUAGUCUGUAAAUGAUUAAGGAAUGUUAUCAAUUUUCAAACAAUUAAGAAAAGAUAAUGAAGUAGAAUUAAAUCGGUAUUUUACAUUAUUAAUAUUUAUAGGAACUUAAUUAUUAAGUAUAAAAAGAAUGAUUCAAGCUUUGGAAUAAGAUUAAGGGAAAUAAUAAAUUAUUAUACAAGAUAAUGGAAUCACACUUGAGUAAGGUAUUCCAAUUUAUUAUAAAUUAAUUUAGGAAUAGAACUAUUAAAUCAGAAGAAAUGGUAGGAGGCUAAUGAUAAAAUAACUGAAUACUUAAAAAUAUUGGAGAAAUAAUCAUCAUUAGCAACAUUCUUUUUAAGUACUUCUAAAAUAUUUAUUAUAAAAGGUAUUUCUUUAAUCGAAAUGAAUCAACCUGGAAAAGGUAUGAUAUUAAGAGAAUAAGCAAAGAAGAUUAAUAGUAAUUUAUUUAGAGAUCUAUUGGAUUAUUCAGAUUUAGAACUUUAGAAAAAUUCAUAAAAUUCAUUUAUAUUAAUUGCUAAAAGUUAAUAAAAUCUAUAAUUUCUAUAGGUUAUGCACUAAAUGAUGAAAAUAAAUAUAAAUUAGCAAUUGAGUAAUGUGAAAAAGUGUUAAAAGAUGAACCUUCACAUCUUCAUGCUUUGUAUAGAAAAAGUAAUAAUUUAUUUUAAAAUUUAGGCUUUUCUUUAUAAGAUUUGAAUUAACAUUCUUAAUCGAUUUCAUGCAUCGAUAAAGCUUUAAAUUAUGAUUCAAAAUAUAGUAUAGGUUAUAUUGUGAAGGGUAAUUCAAAACUUUAUGAUUUAAGGGAAUUCGUUAAAUAAUCUUAGUGAAUAUAAAAAUGCCAUUGUUUGCUAUGAUCAAGCAAUCAAAAUUGAUCCUAAUUAUGCAUAAGUCUAUUUUAAUAAGGGUUAUUAAUUUUGUUACUAUAAUAGGAAUUUCUUUAGCUAAUCUUGGUGAAGAUGAAGAUGCAAUUGUUUGCUAUGAUCAAGCAAUUCAACUUGAUCCUAAUUAUGCAUAAGCCUAUUUUAAUAAAGGUUAAUAAUUUUUUUAUUGUAAUAGGUUAUUUGCUAAUUGAAAUGAAGAAGUAUUAAUCCGCCAUAGAGAAUUAUGAGUAAGCACUUUUGUAUUGCAAAUUAUACUAGAAUGAAUUUAAACAAUUAAUUGGGGAAUUAAGAAUUAAAAAAUGA